UUUGUUAUACUUGGUUUCACAUAAGUAUAAUAUCUUUUUCCUAGAUUAUUGAAUUAGUAACAUUCUCCGAUCUUUUUUUUUUCGGGUCUUGGUUUCAUAAUUUUAUUAAGUUUUGUAAUUAAGUCAUUCGGUUUUCCUUAGCGGACAUCUUCUCAAAAGACUAGAAUCAAACUCGGAUGAAGAAGAUGCAGUAUUGCACGGCAUCACCCAUCAGACGUCACCAUUCCCAACAUCAAAGUGCGUUCCACGACAUAAGAUCGACAACACCUAUUCGUCAGAUGCAAACAACUUAAACAAGACCGUCAACAUUGCUUAUGAAAAGAAAUGAGCUACGAUCAACAAGGCCAGCCUCAGCACGUCAUAAUUAACCAACCUCAGUAUCAUGGCGCACCACCUCCACAACAACAUGCUAUGCAUCAAAUGGGACCACCCGGAUCCCAACCUUCUGCGGAUCAAUGGAUGCCAAAGCCAUCGGGAAUAAACUGUCCUCCGGGUCUGGAAUAUUUAACGCAGAUUGAUCAGAUUCUAGUACAUCAACAGGUGGAAAUCCUAGAAAUGUUUACUGGUUUCGAAACCAACAACAAGUACGUUGUAAAGAAUUCCGUUGGUCAAAAAAUCUUUUUUGCUGCCGAGAAUAGCGGUUGCUGCGAGCGUUAUUGGUGCAAUAACCUUCGUUCUUUUGAAAUGAAUAUCCUGGACAAUUUCGGUAACGAGGUGAUUCAUAUUCACCGCCCGUUGGCGUGCCAAAGUUGCCUCUAUCCAUGCUGCCUGCAGAAAAUGGAAGUAUCGGCGCCGCCUGGUAACGUAAUCGGCACCAUUGAGCAAGAAUGGUCUAUUUUACCAAAAUUUAAAGUGAAGGACAUUUCUGGUGAUGUUAUUCUCAGGAUUGAGGGACCUUUAUUCCCUUGCAGUUGCUGUGGUACUGACGUUAAUUUUGAGAUAUUUUCCAGAGAUGGGAGUCAAAAGGUUGGAAAAAUUUCGAAACAAUGGACCGGUCUGUUAAGAGAAAUGGUUACGGACGCUGACGUUUUCGGUAUCAAUUUCCCAAUGGAUUUAGAUGUGAAGAUGAAAGCGGUUUUAUUAAGUGCAUGUUUCCUUAUCGAUUUCAUGUACUUUGAAGACAAGCAAAACAGCCAUAACGACUAACAGUACAGAAUAGUGGACGUUCACACUUUGUCAUUAGGUAUCUUCAUAAGAAACUUUCCGCCCAUCUCGUAAUAUUGGAGGCUUAAAAUUCAAAGGAAUUUAUGAAAGAUAUGCAAUGCGUUGCAAUGCAAAUCAAGGCUUUUUCAAAUAGAAUUAUUUUGGUAUUCUUU